GCGCGCAGAGGAAGGGAGGGCAAUCGUGUCCGGACGCUAAUAAGACCCAAUGGCUGGCGCAAGGUGGCCAGGAGCUCUGCGGCGCGACAGGAGACGGUGGACGAAGCGGAGAAGGAGGAAAGAGAGAAGGAAAAAAGAAAAAGAAAAAAAAAACAAAAAACCAACACCUGCAGAGAGACAUUUCUAGAUGGACAAAGAGGAUGAGAGCGCCACGGGAGCGUCCGUAGGGAUCGCGGGAAGUCGAGUGAAGGCUUUCGGAGUGCGCCUCCGUCUGCGUGUGAGAGGAGCUGCGUGGAGAGAGGAGCGGGGUAAGUGAGCAGAGAGCCAGACAAACAACACCUGCGUCAAGCUGGUACCUCAGACCCGGACACUUUUUUUUUUUUUUUUUUUUUUGGAGAUGACUUUCAGUUCACGAGAGGCUUAGAGGCUGCUGAUAGGAAGGGGAACAAAACCCAACAACCUUACACUCCUUUUUAUGUCUCAUUGCGUUUUUGUUUUUUAAUUAGCUGAUGCUAAACUUCUCAUUCCAGCCAAUCAGAUCACUCACAUGGCUGUAGAUUUGGGCCAACACCGUGCAAACCUCCAGUCAGAGCUGACUUUGUCCCACUGAGUUUAGCUGUCCUGAUCAGGAGUGAACACGUUAGAGAGAAAUGCUCACAUGUGUGCAUCAGUGUCAGCUGUAACACCGCACGAUUUGGAAUGGACCCAGGUUUGACCCUCACUCACAUGCUAUCACACACCUGGACCCGGGCUAUCACUGUAGGCACUGUUGAGCCACUGACUCCCCAAUGAAGCAGUCCUGGUGGGCCCGCCUGGCACAGCUCGGCCUGCUCGUCGCGUGGACCUGUGCGUGGUCCGCCCAGGGAUGCGGACCGGGCCCCGGCUACGGCAUCCGGCCCAGGCCCAGGAAGCUCACGGCCAUGCACUACAAGCAGUUCUUCCCCAACUUCUCAGAGAACAACCUGGGCGCCAGCGGGAGAGCAGAGGGCAAGAUCACACGCAACUCCGAGCGCUUCAACGAGCUCGUCUGCAACUACAACCCGGACAUCGUGUUCAAGGAUGAGGAGAACACCAACGCAGACCGCUUCAUGUCCAAGCGAUGUAAGGACUGUUUAAACAGGUUGGCUAUCGCAGUGAUGAACCAGUGGCCGGGGGUGCACUUGCGUGUGACGGAGGCCUGGGAUGAGGAUGGUCACCACCCUCCCGGCUCUCUGCACUAUGAAGGCCGGGCCGUGGAUAUCACCACUGACGACAGAAAAACAGAGAAGUAUGGUCUUCUGGCCCAGCUGGCUGUGGAGGCGGGCUUUGACUGGGUCCACUACGAGUCUAAGUACCACAUCCACUGCUCAGUAAAGGCAGAUCACUCUGUUGCUGUGGAAAAAGGUGGCUGUUUCCCCGGCUGGGCCCGGGUUGCUGUUGCUGGAGGGCAGCAGAAGAGCUUGUCGUCUCUGGUUCCUGGGGACAGAGUCAUGGCCCUGUCUGGGACAGGCCAAGUGGUGUUUAGCCCAGUCCUCCUGUUUCUGCACCGGGACCAAGACAGCUGGUCUACUUUCCUGUCUCUGGAGAUGGAAGACGGACACAAAUUGAGUGUUACUCCACAUCACUUGGUCUUUUUAGCCCCACACUGUAGACUCAACAGCAGCGAGUACCAGGCUCAGUUUGCUAGCAGAGCCAUAACGGGAGACUGUGUUCUGGUCCAUGCAGCAGAGGGUCAAGUUCGUCCAUCUCGAAUCAUCUCGGUUUCAGUAGAGGAGAGCGCGGGACUGUAUGCGCCCUUGACAGAAGCUGGAACGGUGUUCGUUGACGGGGUGCUGGCAUCCAGCUAUGCACUGGUAGAGGACCACAGCCUUGCACACUGGGCGUUCGGACCUGUGCGACUCCUCUCCACAUUGAACCAGCUUCUCUGGGGAGAGACGACAAAAGAAGAGCAGACCACAGGCAGUGAAACAGCUUGCACCGAGGCUCCGCUGCAUUGUAGCACUUUGGCCGCAGAGGACAAAGCAGGUGUUUAUGUGAAUGAUGGCAUUCUGAACAGACGGAACAAUGUGAGGGAACCACUGAAGAUGGAAGUGAAAGAGAAGCACUCCUCACCAAGACCGACAUCACAUGUGCACUGGUAUGCCCGACUACUGUACGGUUUUGGAUGUGUGUUUUUAGACUCCAACUCAUUUCAUCCUUAAAAGCCGGAAACUAUAGACGCAGCACACGUCACACUGUUCAAUGUUUUGAAGCAUUUACACUUCCUGUUCUCCUCUUCAAUAAAUUAAAACCACUGGAAGUGCUUGCUUGCUUUUUUUUCACCGUUGUUUUGCAUUGUAAUCUAUUAUUAUAUACAUGCUAAUGUUUGUAAGGGAGUUUGAUGAGAGGUUAAUGUUAGAGUGACUGUAUCAUAGUCUAUCUGUACAUCAUGUUAAUGCGUUUUAAUUAUUUCAGUUAUAUAUGAAAAAAUAUAUAUUAUCCAUAUCACCACAACAACAGAAUCUCUAUUUUUGUACUUUCUGAAUCAUAAUAUAUAAUGUUUCAUGUUACAUUAAUUUCACUACAUGUAUUGUAUGUCUUCAUGUCAAAAAAACUCAAAUUAAAACAGCAUUUUAUUAAGCA